UUCUCAGCUUGGAAGAGGCAUUGUCAUGUAUUCUGCCACCUAUCACGUAUUCUCUGGAUGCUACUAGCUCGACAUCAUCUACAGAAACACAUGGCAGUCUACCGAAAAAAGUAUUGCUCUGGGAAGGAUUCUUCGAUGAAGUAAAUCGGUUCCGCUUUGAUCAACAACCAAAAUUUGAAAGGCCGAAAUUUAAUGAUGAAUUUAAUGAUGUUACCAAUGAAGAACAUGUUCGCAUUGCUGUGUAUGUUAACAUUUGUCAGGUAUUGAAUAAACUUAUGGGACCGCAUUACAAAUAUUCGCAACGAAAUACUUUUGCCCCUGGAGUACCAGAUUUCAAUGCCUUUUAUCAGGCGAUCUUGAUCCUGGUAAUCGAAAUCAAAAGAAAACAUAUUUUAAAAAUCAAUAAUCGACAGAAAUUUCCAGAUUUUUACAAUAAUAAUAAAAAAGCAAAGACGGUAAUUCGGCAAAUUUAUAAAUAUAUGACGGGUAAUCAACUUCAAUAUGGUAUACUCGCCACCUAUGAUUCCCACUGGUUUAUACGUCGAUCGGAUGAAACGCCAGAAGUGCUUUAUAUUUCAGAAACUCUUUCAUGGCAGUCGACAUCUCCUCCGGUACUUAAGGCUUAUGCAUAUAUAGCUUUGCAAGCAAAAGACAAUCUUCAUUCCCACAAUCCUCUCAUAAUUCAGAUGAUGAACGAAAAACAAUAUAAUUAUAGUUUCCGUCCACUUAGCUCAAGCCAAUCGUCUUCCCCAGAAAAUCAGCCAAUAAUAGAAUCGCAGAAUUUCAACAACUUCAACUUUGCGGACUUUGAAUUUAAGGAUAUAUUAGGCGUUGGACAAACUGGAAAGACACUCCGAUGCAAAUUCCAUGGAGAGCUGAUUGCUUUGAAGAGCAUCGACCUAUAUAAGAAUGCAAUUUUUUUGAAUAAAAUGCUAAAAGAAAUCGAAAUCUACAAAGACCUAGCCGACAUUCAGGGGAAAUAUAUACCAAAAUUGGUGUGUUAUGGCUAUUAUGAAGGAGGGAUGAGCUUCGUUAUCGGUAUGACCAUUGUUGGUACUGCGUUGAGCCACCAUAACAUAACGAAACAGCAAAAAUCAAAGGCCCUCGAGGCAUUAAAGGCAAUUCACGAACACGGCAUUCUUCACAAUGAUAUUCGAGAAGAAAACAUCUUGGUUAAUGACAACGGUGAUAUGUGUGUGAUUGAUUUUGGGAUGGCCAGUCGAACAGACUUAAAAAAGAAGAGGAAACUAUUUCGCCGGGAGCAACUUGAGUUAUCUCGUUUGUUAAAUCUGUAUAUUAUGUAA